AUGUCCCUUGGAGAUAAUAUAAAUGAUCCUAACGGCAAGGAACUGGCUAGUCCAAUGGGAAAUGAGGACCUUGCAAAACUUGUGGCCAAAUGUGGUGGUCUUCCAAAAGUAGUGUCUGCUAUAGGCAAAGUUUCGUGGUCAUUCUUGGAGCACAUGAAUGAUGAGUUUAUGGUCAAAUUGGAGACUGACCCUCAAUUCCAUACUUUGAGUGGUCUAUUAUCUUGGAUGCAUUCCUAUUUUGAUGCUUGUUCAGAUUCGAUAAAACCAUGUAUCUUCUACAUUUCUGUCUUCCCUGCAAGCAGCAAAAUAAGGCGAGGCCGUUUAGUGAGGAGAUGGAUUGCUGAGGGCUACUCCAGGAACGCACCAGGUUGUACCGCAAGGGAGAAUGUGCAAAAGCGCUUGGCUGAUCUUGUUGAAUUGAGUAUAAUCCAGCAAGCAACAAGCAAGGUCAUAUGUCAAGUCAACGGUUUCUUCCGUGAAUACAUCAUCUCGCGGCCAAUGGAGGAUAAUCUUGUUUUUGCAUUGGAUGGGCGUUGCAGUCCAAACACGCAACACACAGGACAACACCUGACCAUAAUGGCAGACUGGCACAGGGACCAAAAUGUAUUUGAGAGCAUCAACUUCGCACGGAUGCGUUCUUUGACGGUGUUUGGGACAUGGUGUUCAUUCUUUAUCUCCGACAAGAUGAAGCGGCUACGAGUGCUGGACUUAGAAGACAUGAUGGCUGUAACAAAUGAUGAUAUUGAGAAGAUUUUUGUGAAGUUGUUGAGCCUCAAGUUCAUCUCCCUACGAGGAUGCAGGAAGAUUAGUCGUCUGCCGGAUACAUUGGGAGGACUGAGGCACCUACAGACUAUUGAUGUAAGAUUGACCUCCAUAUCCAUGUUGCCAUCUGCUAUCAUCAAGCUACAUAAGCUGCAAUACAUCCGUGCUGGUACAGAUCAAGAUUGGACAUCGGCAUCAUUAGAAGACUGCGAUGGGGUCACAAGCCAACUACGAGCAGCAACAUCACCAGAGCUAGAAGACGGUGAUAGCAACAUAUCUGUUGGCCAGCCAACAGUACAAACAUCUCCUGAAAAUGGCAGUGCCGAAAGCCCGGCACAGGUAACAACAUCACCAGAAGCCAAGUCCUUUCCAAUGCAACCAAAGGUGGGAUGGGUAUCCAAACUGUCACGUACUUCAGUAUCUCGGUUGCCCAAGUUUCCACUUGUUGCUACCUGGAGCUUGUGUGGGUCGGAGGGAGAGAGAGAGGCCAAACAUCAAAAUGGUGGUGUUGACCUUCCUGUAGGGAUUGAAAACCUUGCGGCCUUGCAUACUGUUGGUGUGGUGAAUGUCAAUGCAUCAGGUGGGGAGGCCUUCCUGAAGCAGCUCGCAAGUCUAACCCAACUGCUCAAGCUCAGAGUGUGCGGCAUCAAUAAGAAAAACUGGCAGCUGCUGUGUGGGGCCCUCUCGAAUGAGAAUUGCCAUCUGGAAUCGUUGUCAGUGCGAUUCGACGAGGAUUGCCUCGACGGUAGCUUCAUGCCACCCAAGACCCUAAAGAGCCUUAAGCUGUACGGGCCUAUAAAGAAAUUGCCAGACACUAUCAAGGUUCUUGUCAAUCUCAAAAAGUUGGACAUUGAGAUGACUAUUACAAGGCUAGAGGACAUGCACUUUUUCCUGAAAGACAAAUUGCCACGUCUUGGUAUCCUAAAUCGUCUCUGCAUCAAGGUGCAAGGAGACCAGAAGUUAGAUUUUGACUUGUCGGAAUUCCCGUACUUAGUGUUCAACAAGGAUAAUCCUUGUAGACCUCGGGUCCUCAAGAUGGAUUGCAGCUCCAAGUUGGAGGUGAAGUUCGUUUGUCAUGGCAUAUUCGGAUCUUUUGAGGUGCUGAUAAUCCAGUGCUCUAAAGGAUCAUUUUUCCGGGUUCUUGGGAUUCAUGGGUUAAAUCCUUUGUUCGCUCUUAAGACACUCUGGCUUAAGGGUUCCUACAGCGAGGAACAACGGCAGCACGUGAAGGAACUUGUUGACAGACAUUAUGAGAAGCCAGUCUUGAAGCUGGAGCCACUGUAG